AUGGCCAUCUUUCGAAACUCCUCUCGUGCAGCAAAACAACCCCAAAUGGAACACAGAAAUUCCCACCACGGCGCCGCUGGCGAUGAAGCCGGCUCCCACUACAAAAUGGACACUUCUGCUAUCCACGACCCGAUCCUUAAAGCUGUGAACGAGGCACAGCCGUUUGAAGAGGCCACCGCUGGCCAUUUCGGUAGAAGACCUUCCUACUUGUCCCAGGCUUCUGGUGACUUGAAGGACCCCUUUGGCCAGCCUAUCCGCCAGGCAGAUAUGCUGAACCCAGCUAGAUCUAGAAACGAACGUCCCUUGGAUACUAUCCGCGGGUUUGAGUACCAGAUCACCGGUGACAUGUCAUACAGAGACCAGCUUGAAUCGAACCGUUUGGGCUGGGGCUUCCAUGAAGAUUUCCCUCACUACAGUCUCCAGGGCCAGUCUGCUGACGGCCAGGAUUACCUGAGGCCCGUGGCCAGUUUCAGCGGAGGCGAACAGGCCAUGUACAAGGCUAACAACUACAGUGCUUCGUCUUUGAAGCCUGAUGGCAAGAAGAAGAAGAAGGGUCUUUUCGGCCGUAAGAAGUAA